AUGAACGCAAUCACCCAAGCAAUCGUCAACAACUCAACCCUAGAGAUAACAUCCAUCAAAAUCACAGACGCAACCAAAACUUCCUUCCUCAUGUCGCUGGUAUGCCAAGUAGCCAACACAGGUCCAAUCGGCGCAACCAUGACCCCCAUGACCCUCUCUAUGAGCGGAAACGCUGGAUGUUUCGGUACCCUAAACCUCCCCGAGAUAAAAACCAGCUCGGCAGGGACAACAAUCACGGUUGCUGAGCAAAGAAUUGAGAUUGUGGAUAUGGAUGCGUUUGUGGCGUUUAAUAAAUCUAUUAUGAACGACUCCUCACUAACCCUACAUCUCACAAACGGGUCCUCGACCAUCAAAGCACUAUUCCUCUCUGCCAAAAUAACAUACGCGAAAGACGUUCACCUAACGGGCAUGUCCGGUCCCCUCACAACCAUGCUCUCCACAACCAUUUCCCCAGCAGGCACAUUCACAAACACAAUGCAAGUGCAGAACCCCUCCCCCCUAGAAAUCGACCUCGGGACCCUGAAGCAAGAACUCCGGAAUGCGAAGGGAGAGAGAAUAGCUGUGCAGAGGGGGAAAUUGUAUCUUGGGCGAGGGGAAACG